CCUCAGGGUUUCUCUUUGAUAUGAUCUAGUCGAAUCUGUUGGAAGGUUGUACAGUGUGUGGAUUUUUUGAAGUUAUAUUUAUAUAGAAAAAUAAAAUAAUAUUUUAUAAUCAAAUAAUUAAAUUAUAAAACAAGAUGUCUGAAGACGAAGUAGAAAGCUUUGAAAUUACCGAUUAUGAUUUAGAUAACGAAUUUAACAUAAAUCGUCCUCGACGCAAGCUUUCGAAGAAGCAACAAAUGCUAGGAAUAUGGGCAGAUGACAGCGAUGAAGAUGAAUUAUCUGCUAGACCAUCUUUCAAAACUUUUAAUAAAGGUCCUAAAAAUUAUACAGCACCAGUUAGUUUUGUUGCUGGUGGUAUCCAACAAGCAGGGAAACCAAAAGAUAAAACAGAUAAUGAUGACAAGGAAGAUGAAGAGACACAGGAAUUUCAAACAAAGCAUCAUACUGAUUCUAGACAGUGAUAUUGCAGGUUUGCGUAGAAAACGCAAUCAAGUAAAUCCAUUAAUAAUGAAAGGUGGGAUGGGUAGUUGGGAAGUACAUACAAAGGGUAUUGGUGCUAAAUUAUUAUUACAGAUGGGGUUUGAACCUGGCAAAGGUUUGGGUAAACAAUUACAAGGAAUAAGCACCCCAGUGGAAGCACAUCUUAGAAAGGGAAGAGGUGCUAUUGGUGCAUAUGGUCCAGAAAAGGUGCCAAAAAUUCCAGAAAAAAAGAAAGAUGACGACGAAGAAGAAACAAAAGAAUCCAAAUCCAAAUCUCAAUGGCGAAAGGGCGAUAAUAGUAAUAAAAAAAAAGUUAGAUACUGUUAUAGAAGUGUUGAUCAAGUUUUAGAAGAUGGAAAGUUGAAACCCAAUAGAAAGCUUCCAAUGUCUAAUGAUAUAAGCAGAGUUAAAGUUAUUGAUAUGACAGGGCCAGAGCAAAGAAUUCUUAGUGGAUAUCAUGCAAUAGCAGGUGGUCAGCAAUGUCCUGAUGAGACCAUAACUAUGUCUGAUAAGAAAUCUAAGAUGAACUUUGCUCUACCUGAAUUGCAGCAUAAUUUAAAUUUACUCGUGGAUAUGUGUGAGCAAGAUAUUAUACAAAAUGAUCGAAGAAUGAGACAUUUAAAUGACAGAAUGAUUGCUUUAGAAGCAGAAAAGAAGAAUUCAUCGAAAAUUGUGGAUCAACAUGGCCAAUUAAUUGAUAUCUUAGAGAAUGUGCUUGUGAUUGUGGAUAGAUUAAUGAAUGAAACAAAUGAAUUGUCUCUGCAAGAAAUUGCGGAAGCUUUUAAAAAUUUGCAAGACAAUUAUUAUGAGGAGUACAAAAUGUACGAACUUGGUGAAUUGGCCAGUAGUUUUGUGGCACCAAAAAUAAAAGAUUGUUUGCUCAGCUGGAAUCCACUCUUGCAAUCAAAACAACCAAUCAAAUUAUUUGAACAGUGGAAAUGUAUUUUAGAGAAUGGAACUACUAAUACUACACUCCAAACACAGACUAUGCAUCCAUAUGAUCAAUUAGUAUGGAAUGCAUGGAUGCCAUCAAUUAGAGGAGCCAUACAGCAAUGGACGUGUAGGCAACCAGAUCCUUUGAUUGAGUUAAUAGAACAUUGGAUGCCAUUAUUGCCCAACUGGAUCUUAGAAAAUAUAUUAGAUUUAUUAGUUUUGCCAAAAUUGACAUUGGAGGUGGAAGAAUGGAAUCCUCUUACAGACACUGUACCCAUUCAUACAUGGAUUCAUCCUUGGUUGCCAUUAUUACGAAAUCGUUUGGAUACUUUAAUUUAUCCAAUAAUACGUAGAAAAUUAGGAUCUGCAUUAGGAGGUUGGCAUCCAUCAGAUAGAUCAGCUAGAUUAAUGCUGCAACCUUGGGCAGAAGUGUUUGCUAAAGGAGAUAUGGAAGCGUUUUUAGUUAAAAAUAUUAUACCAAAAUUGCAAAUAGCAUUAUCCGAAUUUGUCAUAAAUCCACAUCAACAACAUAUAGAUCCAUGGAAUUGGGUGUAUGAGUGGAAAGAAUUGAUUCCUGUUCACAUUAUGGCAGGACUGCUUGACAAAUUCUUUUUUCCAAAGUGGUUGCAAGUUUUGGCACUUUGGCUCAAUCAUUCGCCGAAUUACGAUCAAGUUACAAAUUGGUAUAUGGGUUGGAAAAGUAUGUUAAGUGAUAAGUUAUUGGCAGAACCAGUGAUAAAAGAGCAUUUCAAGAAAGCAUUGGAUAUGAUGAAUAGGGCUGUCAGUGGAUCACAAAAUCAACCUGGUGCGAUGGAACAUGUUUCAUAUUUAACAAGCCUGGAAAGAACCCAACCGGCAAUGUCGCAAAUGACAUCAAUCGCGCAGCCAAGGAUGGAGAGACUCGCAGAGGCAAUGCGAACGGCCUCACAAAUUCCACAUGGUUUCAAAGAUCUUGUGCAAAAGAAAUGUGAAGAGCGGGGUAUAUUAUUUAUGCCAAUUCCGAACAGAUAUAAAGAAGGCAAGCAAGUAUACAAAGUGGGCAAUAUUCAAGCGUAUAUCGAUAAUAAUGUCGUGUUUAUAUGUCACAAUGGUACAAAUUGGAUGCCGACACAUUUAAAUGCUUUGUUAGAUAUGUCCGAACUUUAGGAUAAUAGAUUUUGUUCAAAGUGAUAAAAUGACAAAUAUCCAACAUGUAUAAUUGUUAUAUU